AUGGGUACUAAUGAUAGAGCGGUCAUUUCUCUAGUAUUAUUCCUUGUGUGCAUGGCUAGCCGCUCCUUGGGUAGCACUGAAACUGAAGCUGUGGUUGAGCAGAGCCGCUCAUUAGUCCCAUCCAUCUAUGUGUUUGGUGAUUCCAUUGUCGAUGUGGGAAAUAAUGAUUUCCUGCCACCGCCUGCGCCCCGUGCGCGAUCUCCAUACGGCAUCGACUUCGCCGGCACCGGCAUGACAGGGCGGUUCACGAAUGGCUACAACCUUGCCGAUUUAGUCGCGCGACGUCUGGGGUUCAUGAAGAGUCCACCUGCUUACCUCUCGUUGACACCGUUAACAAACCUUGACCUAUUGAAGUGCCGAGUUGGUGCCAAUUACGCAUCUGGCGGAUCCGGCAUUCUUAACACCACGGGAAAUGGGACACUCACGCUGCAAAAACAGAUCAUGUUAUUCUCCAAAACUAAAGCAAGAAUGUGGCGGUGUGGCCUGAAGCUCAACUAUAUGAUAUCAAAGUCGUUCUUCCUUAUUAGCGCCGGAGGCAAUGACUUCUCUGCCUUCAGUGAAAUGGGCAUGGGCGAAGAAGAUGCCCCAGCCUACAUCAGUAGCAUGGUCUCAACCUAUGUCGAGCAUAUCAACGCGUUGUACAAGUUGGGAGCACGGAGGUUGGGGAUCCUAGACGUGCCAGCAAUCGGUUGUACUCCAGGUUCGAGAGUCCCCAUGGCCAACAGCGGAUGCAACGACGCUGCUAACUCUAUGGCACAGAACUUCAACAAACUCCUAAGGCUUGAGGUGGCAACAGCCAUCGCAACCUCCAUGCCCGACAUGAAAUACUCCAUAGCAAGCACCUACAAUUUUCUCACUGACUUGAUGGACAAUCAUCUCGUGGCUGGGAUCCGGGUGGUCGAGAGGGCAUGCUGCGGAUCAGGAAAAUUGAACGCGGCGGUAAUGUGCAGCAAGCCAAACACGACUUAUUGUUCGGAUCGCGAUGACUACAUGUUUUGGGAUAUGUUACAUCCUACACAGGCUACAUAUGAACGAGGGGUGGUCGCAAUCUUCUACGGCCCGCAGGAGUAUGCGGAUCCCAUCAACUUUGCAGGAUUAGUCGACAUCGCCACAGAUAUAAAUACUACUAUGACUCCCAGCGUCUCUGCCAUAUAA